AUGCCACCGAAAAAAGAUUUAAACACGUCGAUAAGCGCGGGUGCACAGAAAGAUACCCGCACUAGCAAUAAUAAUGCUUUUGCCAACGAAUUUCAUCAUCGCACCACCACCACAGCAGCAGCUAGUGCGGCAGCAGCAGCAAUUAACGCAGCAGAUCUCGUCGCAGACAGUCGCCAUCAAAUUUACUUGGCCAAUGCUAAACUUUGUCGUUUGGUGCAACGCUGCCCAUGGAUGUAUGAUCGUAGCCACAGCGAUUAUGCGAGAAAGCACAUCCUCGAGAAGUCCUGGGCGAAAAUAGCCAAGGAAUGCAAUGAUACAGACCAGCAAUUAAUUGAUGAGCUCACUAGCAAUUUAUAUGACAAUUACAAAAAAGCGGCAGAAUUUCUAAUAAAACACGUUGAUGCAUUGGCGGAUACCGAGCUUGAAGCUUUGCUGUAUCUAGAAGUGGCAAAUGGUUAUUUGCUAUUCCAUCGCUCACAAAAAUCGGAUGAACUGCUGGAGGAAUUAUGCAAACGCUUGAAUGUUGUACUAAAUGUUGAAGGUUUACUUGGUGUACGCACAAAAUUCCAGCAAAAGCCGCUACCUCAACUUUGUCUCAAAGUAGAGCACGCCAAUGAUGAGUACUUACGCACUGCGAAAGAAACAAAUGGUAAUACCAGUUUACCAAAACUAUUGCUAUUGGAAGAUGACACGCGUUUGGAACGCAUACGUUUCAUAGAGCCAAAAGAUAAUGAUAUCAUGACUCUACCAAGUGUUUUACAAGCCUUAGUAUUAGCAAAAGUCAAACAACUUAAACGUUCUCAACCAAAAGAUCGACUAGCAGACGAAGAGUUAGAACCUUAUAUACAAACAUUACUCUACCAAGAAUGUGGGCCAUUGCAAGUGCGUCUAGCAGUUUUAUUGCUAAAUUGCGUGCAGGAAUCGUCACAACGACGCACAGUCGAACGCAGCUGGAAACAAUGUGAAGAAGCUGUUAAACUGUUGAAUGAGAGCACAUACUCCACACAAGAUCGUCUUUCAUAUGCUUUUGCUGGUUUCCUGCAACCCACGUGGCAAGUUAAAAUGCAACUUUGUGAGUUGUUACUCUCCCUUGGCAUGACUAAAACCGCUUUGGACAUAUAUUUGAAAAUAAAAGCCUGGGAACAAGUAAUUAACUGUUACACGCGCUUGGAGUUGCGCAAUAAUGCAGCGGAAAUUAUACGCCAAGAAUUACAGAAAAAACCAACAGCCUUACUGCAUUGUCUACUUGGCGAUGCUACCGAUGAUCCCACACAUUACGAAACUGCUUGGCAGUUUUCCAAAGAAACUAGCGGCAAAGCUCAAGCACAUUGGGGCAACUAUUUCUUCGGCAGAAAAGAAUACGAAAAAGCUAUAGAACACCUUGAGAAGUCUGUACAAAUAAAUUCAUUGCAAGAAAAAAUUUGGUUACGUUUAGGAUAUGCAGCUAUAAUGAUAGAACGGUGGGAAUUGGCAGUACAUGCGUACAUAACCUAUACACAUUUGGAACCGCUCGGUUUUGAAUCUUGGAACAAUUUAGCCAAAGCGCUUAUUAAGUUGGGUGAUAAGAUGCGUGCACAUAAAGUGUUAAGUGAAUCCUUAAAAUGUAACUACCACAACUGGAAGGUUUGGGAAAAUUUUAUGUUGGUUUCGGUGGACACAGGGCAUUUCGAAGAUGCAAUAAAUGCCUACAACCGCUUAAGUGAUUUAAAGCAACAUUUUCUAGACUUAGAAGUGCUUUGUGUUACCAUGACAGCCAUAGCACAAGGCAAACCUGAUGCUAAAGGUCAAACAGCAGAGCGUUUACAUAAAAAAGCGGUGUCACUUAUGGCCCAGCAGUGUAUCAAACAUGGUAAUGAGUCAAAAGUCUGGGAACUUGCCGCAUUACUCGCCAAAACGCCACUUGAUAAAGCGCAGAAAUUAAUCAAAUCUUACCGUUCUUACACCAGUAAAGAACUUGCCUGGGCGAGUAAACAACCAUUUUCGUUAAAGGCACUACAAUUAACGCGGGAAAUUUGUACAUUAUCACUGCAAGCAAUUACAGAACAUUCCACAGAAGAAACGCCCGGCAUGAUAACAUCACAAUUAAGCUCAGCUCGUCUAUCUGCACAAGCCUGCAUACGUGCCGUAGAGAAAGAAACCGAAAACUGGCCAGAGAACCAAGAAUUGCUGCAAGAAGUCAAGGAAUUAUUUGAACGAACAACAGAGCAAGUAAAACAGCGCAUGGAAAAUAAAUAAUUUAUUUAUUAAAUAUAAAAAAAGCAUUAAAGCUAUA